CGGAAGAUGCGAAGGUGGCUAGUAGGCCACGAACUCAGACUGUCACUGAGGUCAGAUCUUUCUUAGGAAUGUGCGGCUACUAUAGGAACUUCGUAAAGAACUAUUCUAUAGUCGCCUCUCCUUUGAAGGAUCUAACUCGACUUGACACGCCGCGGGACUGGAGUGAUGAGUGCGAGGGUGCUUUCAAGCGAUUGAAGCAUGCACUCAUGAAUCAUGAAGUUCUCAUGGUUCCCGAUCCUCAAAAGCCAUUUAUAGUGACCACUGACGCAAGCCAAUAUGGCAUUGGCGCAGUACUGGCUCAGCAGGAUGGGAAGAAGUUGAGACCGAUUGAGUACAUGAGUAAGAAGAUGCCAUCUAAGAAACUGGCAAAGUCCACCUAUGAAAGGGAACUCUAUGCUCUCUACAAGGCACUUAUUGAGUAUCUGAAGGGGGAGUACAACAAGGUUGCAGAUGCGCUAUCACGUAGGGCAGACUACCUAGGGGCGUUAGUUUUUGACUUUGGUGUAUCAGAAGAAGUAACUCAAUCGUUGGUGGGAGCCUAUCAGGAAGAUCCUGUCACGAUGGACAUCAUGCGCAAACUUCAGGCAAAAGACAAGGCCACGAAAAGUGAGUUUGUGAUGGUGGACGGGCUUCUCUAUCUUGAUAAGACCGGUAUUAAAAGGCUGGUAGUUCCAUCUAGUGAACGAUUGCGUAGUUUGUUUUUAGGAGAAUGCCAUGACGCAACCGGACACUUUGGUUACAAAAAGACGAGUGCUAAUCUAGUAGAACGAUUUUGGUGGCCUGGAAUGCUAGAUGAUGCGAAGAAGUAUGUAGAUACUUGUCAGGUCUGUCAGCGGGACAAGCCGCUGAAGCCCUUACCUAUCCCUGCUGGACCAGGACAGAGUGUUUCCAUGGAUUUCAUGGACACCCUGGUGACCAGUAAGAGUGGCAAGAGGCACAUUUUCGUCAUCAUCGAUCGAUUCACCAAGUACGCUAGACUAGUUGCCAUGCCAGAGACCGCAAGGACGGACCUCGUCAUCGAGUUGUUCCAGGACAACUGGGUGCGUGACUUUGGUUUACCAAAGACAAUCGUUAGUGACAAAGAUGUCCGUUUUACAAGUGAGUUGUGGAAGAAGACUGCUGAGCACAUUGGCAGUCAACUUCAGAUGACUUCAGGGAAUCAUCCCGAAGCCAACGGACAGGCCGAGCAAAUGAAUAGAGUUGUACAGCACUUGCUGAGGCAUUACAUCAAGCCCAGCCAGGAUGAUUGGGAUGAGAAGUUGCCUCUCAUCGCCAACCUGUACAACAACGUUGUACGCAACAGUACCGGCGUUAGUCCUAACCAGCUGCACUUGGGAUGGAAGCCUAGAUCUGUUCUAGACUUCCUCCUACCUGAAAACCGAUCCUCUGCAACUCCAUGCACACUUGAGUAUGGUGUGCAAUAUGAGAAGUUGCUGCAGCAAGCUGUCGAGCAUAUUAAGAAAGCUCAGCAAGCAAUGAUUGCUUCUGAGAACAAGCAUCAACGACAAGGAGGAGGAGGAGGAGAGGAGAGAGGAGGAGGAGGAGGAGGCGGAGGAGGAGGAGGCGGAGGAGGAGAAGCAGAAGCAGAAGAAGCAGAAGAAGCAGAAGCAGCAGAAGCAGAAGAAGCAGCAGAAGCAGCAGAAGCAGAGGAGGAGGAGGAGGAGGAGGAGCAGAAGCAGGAGAAGCAGAAGAAGCAGAAGCAGAAGAAGAGGAAGGGUGAAGCAGCAGAAGCAGAGGAGGAGGAGGAGGAGGAGGAGGAGGAGGAGAAGAGGAAGGGUGAAGGAGAGGAGGAGGAGGAGAAGAGGAAGGACGAAGGAGAGGAGGAGGAGGAGCAGAAGCAGGAGAAGCAGAAGAAGCAGAAGAAGCAGAAGAAGCAGAAGCAGAAAAACAGAAGCAGAAAAACAGAAGCAGGAGAAGCAGAAGCAGCAGCAGCGAAAGCAGCAGAAGCAGAAGAAGAAGCAGCAGAGGAAGGACGAAGGAGAUUAGGAGGAGGAGGAGGAGCAGGAGGGAGGAAGGAGGGAGAGAAUCAGGAAGAGGAGGAGCAGGGAGAAGCAACAGAAACAGAGGAGGAGAGGAGGAAGGGUGAAGCAGCAGAAGCAGAGGAGGAGGAGGAGGAGGAGGAGGAGAAGAGGAAGGGUGAAGGAGAGGAGGAGGAGAAGAGGAAGGACGAAGGAGAGGAGGAGGAGGAGGAAGGACGGAAAGGACGAUGGAGAGGAGGAGGAGGGCAGAAGCAGAGGAGGAAAAGGAGGAGAGGAGGAGGAGGAGAGGAGCAGAAGCAGAGGCGGGGGAGGAGGAGAGGAGGAGGAGGAGGAGGAGGAGGAGCUGAAGCAGUAGAAGCAGAAGCUGAAGCAGUAGAAGCAGAAGCAGAGGAGGAGGAGGAGGAGCAGCAGCAGCAGAAGCAGGAGAAGCAGGAGAAGCAGGAGAAGCAGAAGCAGAGAUUAGGAGGAAGAGGAGCAGCAGGACGGAGGAAGGAGGAAGAGAAGCAGGAAGAGGAGGAGCAGGGAGAAGCAACAGAAACAGAGGAGGAGGAGGAGGAGGAGGAAAAGAAGAGGAAGGCUGAAGCAGCAGAAGCAGAGGAGGAGGAGGAGGAGGAGGAGGAGAGGAAGGAUGAAGGAGAGGAGGAGGAGGAGGAGAAGGGAGGAGGAGGAGGAGGAGGAGAAGAGGAAGGACAAAGGAGAGGAGGACGAGGAGGAGGAGGAGGAGCAGCAGCAGGAGAAGAGGAAGGACAAAGGAGAGGAGGAGGAGAACAGGAAGGACGAAAGAGAGGAUGAGGAGGAGGAGAAGAGGAAGACGAAGGAGAGGAGGAGUUCAAUGCUCUACCAACUACGCUAUACACCCAGAAUCC